CUAGAACAUACCAUUCGAAUAUAAAUAAUUAUAUUGAUCAGUCAAUUAGUUAGUUUACACUUUACAAAUAUGCGUUUAUUACUUAUCUUAUAUUUAAGUUUAAUUAUAAGCCUAAUAAAUUGUGAUAAUGAAGAAGACGAUUCCGAUUUAUCUACCAUCACUGAAGAAUUAAUUAAUUCUGGUUUAGAUUAUGCUAAUCUGUUACAUGGAUGGAUUGAAAAAAAUGUUGGAAAAAAUGAAAUUAAAAUAAUUAAAAAAAAUUUAAUGAAAUUUGGACAAUUGGCAUUGAAUUUUAUUGAUUCAACUAUUCAAAACUUGAUUAAAGAUGACAACGAUGAUGAUGGUGAGGAUAUUAAUAAUAAUAAUGAGCACAACAAUUUACAAAGAAAACAUAGUGAAUUAUAAAAAAUCAAUAAUAUUUAACUAUGUAUAUACAUUAUUUUGUAAAAUAUUUUUUUCUGAUUGAAUUUUUAAAAAAAAACCCUUUGUAAAAGAAAAAAAAGUUUUUUCUCUCUGCUUUACGAUAAUUAAAAGUCUAAUUAUCAUUUAUAUAAUGGGACUGUUAGAUUUUUAUUGUUUACCAAUAUACAUUAGAUG